GAACAUGGAGAGAAAUACUCUGAUGCUGUGACUUUAAACGUCAUGUAUCCUCCCAGGAACGUCUCAGUGUUGAUAAAUGGAUCUAGUGAAAUAGUGUCAGGAGAUUCAGUGACUCUGAUCUGCAGCAGUGAUUCAAACCCUCCUGCUCUGAACUUCAGCUGGUUUAAGGAGAAUGAAAGCUCAGCUGUUGGAUCUGGACAGAGUUUCAGUGCACUACAGAGUGGACGCUUCUACUGUCAGGCUCACAAUCAACAUGGAUCUCAGAGAUCAGACGCUGUAACUGUCACAGUUCAUCAUGGUGCUGGUAUGAAUGUGAUUGUGAUCGCAGCGACAUCUGGAGGAUUAUUCUUCAUCAUCAUCAUCUUCAUCAUCAUCCUGUUUAUAAUGAGGAAACGAAGGGAUGAUCAAACUGAAGAUCUCACAGUGAAACAGAUCUCUGAUCCCAAUGAAGACACAUAUACAGCUCUUGAUCUCAAGUCCACGACCUCUGACCUGUACGACACACUCACAACGGUUCAUCCCAGAGCUCCUGAAGACUCCUGCAGGACUCUUGAUCCUCAGAGCUUUUCUAAACAUGAGAAUCCAUCAGUGAGUGUCUGAACUGGAGCCACAUGUGAUUGACAGGAUCAUCAGUGAUGAGUCACACACGAGUUUCCUUUCUGUAUAGUUGAAGAAACAUGAUGUAACAGAGGAAUUAAAUGAAAGU